AUGUCCCAGCAGAAUCUCAGCAACGAUGGCCUGGUAGAUCUCGACUAUGACUCGAGAAACUAUCUCCAGGCCCAAAGCUGGCCACUGGCUAUCCACCACAAUCUUCCACGACAAGAUGAUGCUCGCGACAUCACGUCUAUGCAGACAACCGGCCAUGCCUAUGAUCAGUCCAUCCCAACAGGUGCCAAUUUGAUGACCGAAUGGCAGUUCCAGCAGCCGCUUCCGACUCAAGUCCAAUAUCCGCAUGUUGAGACGACUGGUCCUCAGUUCACUUCAAGUUUUGGUGUUCCUUUGCAAACGUCUCCUGUCGACUUUCUACCCGGCUCACAAGCAGCUGCUACUUUGGGUGCCAGCAAUCUCCUCGAUGGCUCGUACCUCUCGCUGUCGGCUCCCGUCGACAUGGGGAUGCCAUUCGCUUAUCCCGAGUUCCAGGAACUCAUGACCUUCCCUAGUGGGCCACUGGAUAUGACUUCAUAUGGAGGCAUUACCCACAAUAUCCCCGAGAGCAGCUCGCCCACGGACACGUAUCUCGAAGUCCGAUCUUUGACCAGUUCCAGUAGUGAUAAUGGCUGGGCGACUGUGGACCAUCGCACCAUUGACCACUUCCACCACGCUGACCAUACAUUGUUCAUCAAUCCUUCUCAAACUUUGCACGACCGAAGCUUGUCUGAAUCCUCAUAUUCGGAUUUUGAGCCGAACCGCGCUUCAUGGGGCAGUAGCUGGGUAGAUGUUCAGCAUCCCAUUAGCUCACCCAGCUCUGACAAUCUUGACUUGAUUUACAACCCUUCUGUGGACCGACGUAUUUCUCUCGACCACGCUUCUCACGGCUCCGUGUCCCCAGUUGCUGUCAGCCCCGUUGCUAUUGUUCGACCAAUCCCAGUUCCCUCCAAGAAGGUUACAUCUCCAUCACAUUCACCCAGAUCAUCCACAUCUUCUUCCUCCUCUUCUUCGUCAUCCUCUCCACCCGCCAGAAAGAAUACUCGCAAGAGCCCUAUAGCCGCCAAGACCGCCGAAACAAAGGUACGGAAGCAAUCUCAAACAGGCAAACCAGAGACCACCGAGAAGCGAAUUGGAAAACGCAAGGGACCUCUCAAGCCGGACCAGAGAAAGCAAGCUAGCGAGAUUCGAAAGCUCCGAGCUUGCUUGCGGUGUAAAUUCCUCAAAAAGACAUGUGAUAAAGGUGAGCCCUGUGCUGGGUGCCAGCCUUCACAUGCUCGUUUGUGGCAGGUCCCUUGUACCCGAAUUGAUAUCAAGGAGAUCGGCUAUUUCAUGAAGGACUGGAAGGCUGACUAUGAGCGUCACGUCACCUUGGGAUUUUCAGUUGGCAACAUCAAGGGUUUCUCCGAGCAGGAGAGGACGCUUUUCGUCACUCAUGGCUACGGCGAGAUUAUGCCUAUCAAUGCUCGUGAGGUCUUUGUUCGGGAUGAAGAAUGUUUCAACAUGGAUUGGUGUGAGACCGUGGAACGGGAAAUGGGCCAUUACCAAGUGUCCACCAUGAAGUUUUCAGCUGGUAUUGAAGGCAUCUCCCAAUCGAAGCUAUCCGACUAUCUGGACCGUCACAUUGACGGUAACGGGAGCUAUGAAAAGUUUGUUGACGACUAUUUCGACGGCACGCCUUUCCUCACCCAGAUGCUGAAAACCGCGUUCCGCUACUAUUUCCGGACCAAGCUGCCGGUCAUCCGCAAGGCCUUGAAACUGAUCUUGGCCUACAAUCUUACACUCAGCGUGACGAUGGUUGAGGGUAUUGGUGAGGACGAGGACUUCUUGGGCAAGAUUGAGGGCGAGGGCUCCCGAUUCCGAGGAAAGACAAUGGCACCGGUCAUGAUCAACUUCCAGAUCAAAUGUGCCAUGGCCAACAUGUGGCGUGAGUUGCAAAAGGAUGUUCUUGAGGAGCUCUCCUCCCUUUACUCGAGUGUAUACAGUGGAGACAGACUCAAGAACUGGCCUACUAUCUUUAUUCUGGCUACUAUUUUACUUGCUGUUUGGGAGGAAAUGCAGUUUGACUGCCAUUACCGUGUUCCUGAUGUCUCUGCUGUCGACAAAUUCUGCCACGACAUGGAGUCGACCCCUGUCGGUGUCAUUGUUGGUCUAUUCCAGGCUAUCUCUCAGAAACUGCCUGCUUUCACCGAUUGGGAGACUAGCAAGCACCAUCAGUUGCUCGCCUCCAACCCUGAUGUCUGCCAAACGAUGACAGAGGUGCGCCAUCACGUUAAGCAGCACGAAUCCUAUCUCCGAAACCGAUCCAACACAAAAUUCAACCGUAACGACUUUGACUGCCUGUCGAACAAAUUCCUGUCUCGACUAGUUAUUCGGGCCAACUGAAAUGAUUUAUGAUCUACGAUCAAACGAAAAGCAAGCUAUCAUUUGAAACUUUUGUGUUAUUUAUGUUAUUAUCAUUGAUCCGAUUGUUACGGUCUUGACGAUAUACAGCGUUGAUGUACGCUGAAAGAGAAGAAUUGUUGAUGAGAGAGUAUGAUUGAUGCCAACGCAUACGAAGCGAGACACAUGGCAUAUCGCCUAGGGGAUUGUCCCUGCCCAUGUUGAUCUUGACGGCCUUUUUGAAUUACGACAACCGCCUUCUUUUCUACCGAAUCCUUUUCAUGAUAGGGAAGUCGAAGAAUUAUUCUUGUUUAUACCGCCAAUCAUGCAGCACCUGUAUGAUUGCGAUUUUAGUGUCGUUUACUUAUUCUAGCGUGGUAUUGAUGAUGACGAGAAGAUCAACGAGACUUAUGAACUGUUGAGUGUUUUUUCAAUUGCAUGAGUUUCAGCAUUGCUGAAAUGAUGUGUGUCUGAUUUUGUCUGUAUUGUUUUGUUGAAUGGACUGGGUUGGAAAUACGGUUUUGUCUUGAAAUUUUCCUUUGUACUUGAUAUUUGUCUCGCAUUUCAGCGAUUUGAGCCACGUGCCAACGAACGAACUACCUGAAUCAAUGACUGACUGCCUGCGCUGCAGGCUAGGUACAUAGUUUUUGAUACCUUGAACAAAGAAAUUAGCUAUUUUAUUC